AUGAUAUGUCUCCUGGUCUUGGACUUCUUCUUUCUUUCCAUGCUUUUCUUGACCUUUUUCUUCUCGUCGAGAAAAUCUCCAAUGAUGGAUUUACUUCGUCUUUUAAGUUCAGGAACCGUCCGCAAUAAGAUAUACAAUUUGACAGGAUUAGCAGUCUGUGCAGAUGAUCAUCAACAAGCUUUACUGAUAUGGUGUGUCCCUAAGCCUGAGAUUAUGUUGAAAAAAUUAAUUUUGUUCGUAGACAUAAACAAUACUUCAAGCUUUCCAACGGAUGCAUAUUCCGGUACUGUAGAUUGGAACUUCAAAAAUAUCUGCCCAAACUUUGAUCAUGGCAUCUGCUUCAGAUUGUGCUGGUUUGAGAGGGAGCUCGAUAUUUUAUGGCUGGGAACGAUGAGUUAA